AUGAACGAGAGGUUUUUCGGGGAUCCGGGCCCGGGCCGCGGGAUCCGUGAGAUUUUGGUCUCGGAAAGAACACAGAAAGAUGAGCAACAGGUCCAGGAAGGCUUCUGAUCCGGAAAACCCGGAAAAAUCCCAAGAAAAAGACCCGAAACCAUGAAGGAGAGAUUUUUCGGGGAUCCGGGCCCGGGCCGCGGGAUCCGUAAGAUUUUAGUUUCGGAAAGAAUUCAGAAAGAUGAGCAACAGGUCCAGGAAGGCUUCUGGUCCGGAAAACCCGGAAAAAUCUCAAGAAAAGGACACGAAACCAUGAACGAGAGAUUUUUCGGGGAUCCGGGCCCGGGCCGCGGGAUCCGUAAGAUUUUGGUUUCGGAAAGAAUUCAGAAAGAUGAGCAACAGGUCCAGGAAGGCUUCUGA